CAUCGAUCUCUUCCCUAUCUUCGGCCACCUUUUUCUUAAUUACUCUUAAUUUUCAUAUAUUAAUUUAAUUUGGAUUAUUGCUACGUAUAAGAAAUGGGUUUAGGGAUUAUAGUAUUCUGCAUUCUGUGUAGUAUAGUGCUUUUACCCAUCAUACGUUGUAGCGAGCAGUUAGAAAAUUCCAUCCACACGAGAGCUACCUAUUUUGGGAGCCCAGAAUGCUAUGGAAACCCCAGUGGAGCGUGCGGGUUUGGUGAGUACGGGCAGUAUGUGAAUGAUGGCAAAGUGAGUGGUGUCUCCCGGCUUUACAUGAAUGGAACUGGUUGCGGUGCGUGCUAUGAGGUUAGGUGCAAGAUUCCAACACAUUGCAACAAUGAAGGUACAAAAAUAGUUGUGACUGACUACGGUGAAGGAGACAGAACAGGUUUUAUCCUCAGCGUUAGCGCCUACUCAGAAAUGGCGGUUCCGGGAACGGCGAAUCAGCUCUUGGAAUUUGGCGUGGUCGACGUUGAAUACCGGAGGAUUCCCUGCCGUUACAAUGGCUACAAUCUGAUGAUCCAAGUUCAUGAGAAAAGCAGUUUCCCCAAUUACAUUGCCAUUAUACCAAUCUACCAAAGUGGGUUAUCUGAUAUUAUUGCAGCCCAAAUUUGGCAGACAGAUUACAAGGAGUGGAGCAACAUGAGAAGGGUAUAUGGAGGAGUUUUUGACCACCAAAACCCACCGCGAAAUAGGCCACUUUCUUUCCGAUUCCAAACAAGCUUGUACGGAGCCACCAAGUGGGUGGAGAUUCCCGACGUGCUUCCGGCGGAAUGGCAGGCCGGUCUUGCAUACGAUACUCACAUUCAGCUCGACUAGUAAAUUCCAUCUCUCCUGUAAAAAAUCACAAUAUUGCUUAGCUUGCUUCACAUGUUUAUUUCUAAAGUACCAGUUUCUACCAUUUUAUUUAAAUUCAAUGAUAUGAAUUUAAAAAUGGUGUCAGAAUAAACAUUAGGUUCAAACUUAAGUUAUUGUUAUCACAAUCCUAUGCAUAUAUAUUGUAUUUCCAUUUCAAAUAUUACUAUAGAAAAGCAAGCGCAAUUUAAGUAUAACUUCUUAGUUUUAAAUAUUGUAUUUUAGCGGUUUAUGUUUCUC